UCACGGGUUUUUUUCAAGAGACCAUGAUUAUUUGCUUAACAAAGACUUAACAAUCCGUGGAUUUCGGCCAGCAUCCUGAGAAUAUUUUUUCUUUUCGUGGGAAAUCAUGAAAUAUAAUGGAUAAUAUUGGAAUAUGAGUAAACAUUCAAUGUUCUGAUAUGUUUAAAUGCAGACGAUAAUAUAAUGUGAAACCUGUUAAAAAUGGAUAUUUAUUAGAUAUUUGGCUGGAGGGAUUAUUUUUUUCGAUUAGAGAUAUAAACAUUUUAUUAAAAUGUCAGAGACGGAUGUUCAACGGCUUUCACUCGUGGGAGUAAAUCCGAACAGCCGCUCAUUGAAGUUUCUUAACACAAAGAACAACAUAGCGGCAAUGUCGUUAAAGAAACAGAUUGCUUUAUACGAGAGACAGAAGACAUUCAGCAUCUCACUGAUUGACUCAAAAAGACAUGACGCACAGGCUUUACUAAAACAAGUGAAAAAGCUGGAACAAGAUUCAGAAGAAAAUCAAAGGUUACUGGGUCGUGAUUGCGGUUCUAUCACUCCGCCACAAGUGACGAAGCAGCGACGACGACGAAAAAUCCGUCUCGCACGGACUGCUCCGGCUAACAUGCACCACUCCGAUGAUGAAAUGCAGCACACGGCCUCAAACAGAAGACAUCAAGAAAUUAGAUCCGGUCCAGAAACCCAGGCAGAAAAAGAUCACGUGCUUAAACUAAACAGAAAACAAUCCAUGUUUUUACAACUACCUGGCAAAGGUAAACAAACGCAUGCCUACUAUGAUAUUGAUGUACCUAAGAGACCAGAACUGCCUAAACCUAACCCUAAAACAUUACUAGAUGUAAUGGUUGGACUCAAUGCGUUUUCACAUUUACCAAGAGCGCGAAGUAAUUCCAAUGAAAUGAGCGAUACGUACCGCGGUGAUAGCCGGAUGUCAAUUAUUGACGAGGAUUCCAUGUAUGGAAGCCAUGAAAAUAUUGCAAGAUCUUUUAUGACGCAGUGGAAAAAUAAAGUAGCAUCUCGAAAAAUAAGUAUAAUAAAUAAACUCGAUACUCAAAUGGCAGUCCCAACUUUACAACGAUGCGACUCUAUAGCUCUAAGCAGCGUACCGGAAGAGGACAUAUCAUUACGCGGAAAUUCGCGCGCACAUCGGAAGUCAAAAUGGACGUUGCGUCAUCAGAUGAAACAGCCAUCUCUACCAGCUAUUGAUGAUGAAGAGGAAAGAAAGGAGCAAUUCAUGGAAUGGAUGUCUGAGCAGAAAGCUAAGUUUAGAAUAGAGAAGGAGUCAAUAUUUGCAAAUUAUCCGAAAGAUAAACAGGCCCAGAGAAGAAGGUCGUUUACGUGUUGGCUACAAGAAAGACAAGAAAAUAACCAGCAAUAUGAAAGUAGUGAUGAAGAAGAAGACGAAGAUAUAGCUGAUGGUCUGCAGGAAUUUCUUAGAGAGGGAAAUGAUGAUGAUGAUAUUGGAAAACCUACAAAUAUCGGUGAUUUAAUGAAGACAUUAUUGAAAAUAAAGACUAGAUUUAAAGACCCUCUUGAUGCACGCGUUAAACGAUUCAAUAAAGAAAUCGAUGCUAAAAAGGCAAAAGACGACGCUCUAAGAAAUAAAGAACCGUCGGCGUCACAAAAACGCCGAUGGAAAAUGUUAAUGUACGGAAUUGAUGCAGCCCUAGCAGAUUCUAGCGACGAUGACGAUAAUUACUACAACACUAUAUGAUUGUUCUUCUUGGACAUAAUAACUUCAUUUUCAAACGUCACUGUAAAUAUAUCUUUUAAGACUUUAGAGUAAGGAAAGAAGAAGUGUAAGAAAUUGGAAAAACAGGAACGUUUGUUUAUAUGUUCAAAAUAAAAUAAAUAAAUAAAUAAAUCGUCACAUUUAAUAGUUAUAAUAACUUUUAAAAAAUAAUUUUUAGUUGGUCAUUUUAGAUUUUUGAAAUAACAUGUAUGUGAUUCACUUAUUCCGAUCGGUCUGUCUUAAAAGCUUAUUAAAAUAAUAACCUUGAAGGUUUGAUGUUGUCAUAAUUAUGACGUUGGCACUGUCAGUUUGAUUUAUCAAAUACGACGUAAAAGAAAAAAAAUGUUUAAAUGCAAGUGAAAAUUUCACGGUCAUGUAGAGACAUA